AUGAGUGACACUGGUACUAGCUGUCCACUCGUAAAAGAUUCAUCCAAGGUGAUUACAAACAGUCACGGUGAUAAUCAUGAGUUAAAAUCGAGCAAAUGUAGCCGAAACCGGGACUUUGAUUGGCGAAAUGGAGUAGCGGGAGGGGUUGCAGGCUGCGCAGCCAAGACUAUUGUUGCUCCAUUAGAGAGAAUUAAGAUUCUCUUUCAAACGUCGAAUCCGCUUUUCUUGCGUUAUUCAGCCCGGUGGAAUGGUUUAAUCGAGGCGGCCAGUCACCUUCGAACGUCGCAUGGGAUCUCGGCGCUCUUCAAAGGUCAUUCAGCGAGCCUGAUCCGCGUUUUUCCGUAUGCUGGUAUCAACUUUCUCGCAUACGAACAACUCCAACAUGCAAUCAUCAUAUCACCGGAGACAGACACACCGUUUCAUCGAUUCCUCUGCGGGAGUACAGCGGGUGCCAUUUCUACAAUCUUCACAUAUCCUCUGGAGUUGAUCCGUAUCCGUCUUGCUUUUGAAACAGAACAGAACAAAGAUUCCUCUUGGUUCAGGAUUGCUCGACGUAUCUACUUUGAACGCGGUGGGAAUGGUAGUCUAUUAAACUUUUAUCAAGGAAUUGCCCCGACUAUGCUAGGCAUACUUCCCUAUGCGGGCACAUCAUUUGUAACCCACGAUUUAGUGAGAGACCAGCUGCGCUCACCGUUCUUUGCGCCUUAUACUCUGGAAAAGGGAUCAUCCACUCGACUGACCGCAAUUGCACAGCUUUGUUGCGGAGCAAUCGCUGGUAUUGUUGCUCAAACGGUUGCUUACCCAAUUGAUAUCCUUCGGAGACGAAUGCAAGUCGGAAGUGUGGUUGGUAGCAGAUCAGGAAUUCUAGAGACAGUUCGUCGCGUAACUCUGGAAAGGGGAGUCAGGGGUUUCUAUGUUGGCAUGACAAUUGGCUACAUGAAAAUGGCUCCCAUGGUGGCGACGAGUUUCUAUGUCUAUGAUCGAAUGAAGCGAUUGUUGGGCCUUACCGAUUAAUGGUACUGUUGCUGCUACCUGGCUCAACAGACGAAUGAUACUCAUUAAGCACCGCCGUUUCUUCACAUGGCGACGCCAAUAUCUACGACUUAGAAUUGGAAUUACAAAGAGUCAAUUUAUGUUACAACGAGGUCCACAUACCGCUUUGAAUCGUGUUCAUACGCAUAAAUACGCAUCCACCCCUGAUGGUGAACGAACGCGAAGACGGUGGCCUUGAAUC